CCUCCCAAUACUCAGUUGUGUGUCAUGUACAAGGCAAGAGAGUAGUAGAGCGUCUUGCUAUCUCCAAAGGUGAGCUCCUGGUGAACUUCUAGCUGGAUGGGUCCGAGGUACAUUGGAGAGCGAGCGGCGAGUUCCAAGUGUGAGUGGGUUCCUUCCCAAGAUGCGGGCACUCCAACCUUGUAGUACAUGUGCUUCUACUGAACCGAACACCGAACUCACUCCUUGAAGCAAUGCAAUCCGCCAACGAACCAGAAGGAAGUAAGCGCUAGGCCUAGGAGAGGAUUGAGGAGUUACAUUUGCCAGCCGUCGAGUGCUCGCCCGUGUUUCUCACUCACUCACUCGCUCGGUUCUUGUUCAGAGUCUUCGCCCUCACCUCCAUUACUUGGAGUUCACGACGCCUGGCGGCGCUGCGGUGUUGACUUGCUCAAGUCGUUGAAUUGUGGCCUUCCUUGCCAGGCCCUCGCGAGUUCUGCUGAAAAUUCUAAACUUCUUUUACGACUUUGUUCCUAGUGCUGGCCGAGGCAGUAGUGUCAAUAGAAAAGUAGUCAUUGAGUGUGGCACAGAAGAGGCAGAAAAGUUUGGAACAAGCAAAACAUCAACAUGGCGUCAGGUCAAAACAUAUCCCCUUCACCAGGGACACCAGAUCAUGGGGGUGGGGGAGUGAUGGGCAUGGGUGGGGGUGCCAGUGGCGCGUCGUCGGCCACCAACCCACGGAAGUUCAGUGAAAAAAUCGCUCUCCACAAACAGAGAGAGGCCGAAGAAAAGAAAGAAUUCGAAAAAAUGAUGAACGAACUCAAGGCUGUCAAAGGACCGUCACCACAAAGGACUGUGAAUAGUGGAAACAUGUUGAAUCAAACCAGUUCGCCCAUUAACAUGGGCGCCAAUGCUGGACCCGGUGGAGGUUACAACAUGUCCCACCACCAAACCACAGCUAACGCUCACCAACGACAUCUAUCGCCCCAUAUGCCCAGUGGGGUGAUACGCCACGGCUCCCUACCCAAUGUUAAUGCAGCCAUGGGUCUACAAAUGCCUCCACACAUACAACAUGUCAUCUCCUCAGAGGAAUUUCCUCUCAUCCUCAACUCUCAGAAUGGCGGGGUGAACGCCACGCUUGGUCUCAGUGGCAGUCACGUCUCGGUUCGGGACACCGUUCAAGGUACGUCCACCGGGCCCAUUCGGAACAGAUCUAGAAUGAACACCUCACCUUAUGGGUCAGAUCGACAUUCCCCGGGCGGAUAUCAUCUGUCGCCACCGGACCCUUCAUGGCGACGGGUUGUGUCGGACUCGGCCAUACACAAAUCCGCCAAUGAGGUUGGAAGAUCCCCUGAUGGAAGUGAUGGAGGGGGUGGUCUAUUGUCCUUGGUGAAUGGCGGGCAAAACAGUCCGUUACGGGGCGCCUCCCCUACUGUACUCCGUAGAGUUCAAGCGAAUUCUCAACACCGAUUGCAACAGCAGCAACAGCAACAGCAACAACACCAUCAUCAUCAAAUGUCCAAUUCCUCGCCGUCUCACAACCAGGUGCCCUCAACCUCCAUGAAUGAGUCUGAUGUACAAAGUAUGGAUCACACGUCCAAUUUUCUAUUGCCUCAAGACAAAGAUGGACCGGACAAAAACAAUCCGGGUUCAUUGCCAGAUUUGACCAAUUUCCAUGUGAAUGCCUCUCCUCUUUCUGGUCACCAAGCAAUGGAAAACGAGGACCAAGGAUCCUACAGUUCGAGUCCUGCCACGGGCAACAGCCCAGGUACCAUGGCGGGUACUCAGUGGAGCCCUGGGACGGUCCCCAGCAGUCCUCACAGUCCCAUUCUGACCGUGAGUACGGCUCCACCCGACCCGCAUAUCAACACGUCCCCCCUCCCAACCACCCCCAUUCCUAUCAGUCAGUUCCAAAAUCACGAGCAAGUGUUUUUCCCCAACUCCUUGCCCAAUGUGUCCAUGAUGGGCAUGAAUCCGGUUGUCACGGGGAACCAGUAUUUUGCAGACAAACAGGGUUGCCUACAAUCCACAGCUAGUUUGCCUGUUACCCCAUGGCUGCACAAACGUUACCCACAUUUGGCGCAUUCACCUUCACCUAUUAUUCACGAAUCCGCAGACAACCUCUUCUUUGGGCGGGAUGACUUUAGCGUCCAACAGCCCUUGAGGUCAAUGGGUUCAGUACCUGCCACCGUUGUUAAUAACGUCACUUGA